UAAGUCUUCCAGCACUUUGCGCGCGGUGAGCAAGUUUGAUAACCUUUGAUUUCUUGCCUUGGAAACUGCCAAGGUACUAUCUCAGUAUCGGCCUGGUGAAGUUCAUCAUCAAGAAUUGCGAGGAUGAAUUCCUACCCGGCUGAGCUCUUGGUCCAGCUCGCCCCAGUAAUGUUCGUUGCAGGUCUUGACCUACCACCUGCACCGUCAGCAUCCACUCCAAGUACUCCACAAUCGCCAGGUCAGGCCCAAUCUCCCCCGCCCACACCUACAAAGACUCAGGAUCCUUUCGGGAGCCUCGUUGCACGCCUCCGAGACGCCCUCCAGUCGCAGCGCAAAGUCGCGAUAUGGGCACCAGAGCGCACAAGGGCGUUUCACAUGAUCCUCGUGGGGAAAGACGUCCGAUUCCCUCCUCGCAAGCUCGUUCCGCCAGAGGACCCUGCAUAUACGUCCGUUCAUUCACCACUUUCGCCCAUGACGCCUUCGUCACCCUUGUAUCCCGACGGCCUGAUUGCGCCUAUAUGGAUACGAAAACACACUGCGCUAGUGCCGAGCGUCUUUGUUCAAUUCCUAAGAUUGUUUGAGUCACCCGUGGUCCAUGCCCGAUCUCCGUUGGACCCGCCAGACCCAGAACAUGAACGCGAUAAAGCAGAAGAGGAACGAAGAAGAGAUAUUGAACUCAGUGCUGAGGUUGCAGCCCGAAAGAAGACGACCAAUGAACGCGGUAUCAAAUUGACUGUCGUGCUGCUUGCAACCAGGAGGAUGCUCGACGACCCGUCACUGGAUAGCCGUCUCACCUUCAUCAGAAGACAGAGCGGGCUUGACUCCCGUGCAGCCUUGUUUGUCCUCAGUCCAGUUAGCACAUCUGAAUUGAACGAUUUUGCGCGCAGUUUACAAGACGCCCUGUACGAACCUGCGCUCGAAUACUACACCUCACACUCCAAGCGUGUCAGGCGGAAGCGCAAUCGGCACUCUCAAUCUGUUUCAUCCUACAACCCCCCUCCUCUUGCUUCCAUGGGUGCCGCGAGCACCCGCCCACUGCGCCCAGAAGGGUGGACCGUGCGGUAUGAAUACAAGAUGGCAUGUUUUGCAGAGUUCAGGGGUGAAGACGAGGUUGCGCUCAAACACUAUCAAGAUGCGUACGCGACACUCAUGAUUAUGUUCGGAUCGACUGCUAUCCUGCCCCCUCGAACCAAGCGCUGGGCAGAGGCCAAGGUCCUCGCAGACGCCAUAAACGUGAAGAUAACCAAACUUUACCUGUACAAUCACGAACACUCGCUUGCACUUUCGCAUCACAACUCCCACAUGCGCCGGUUCGCAGAUUUUUCACGGGGAUGGGGUAUAGGCGAGGAGACAUUUGAGUAUUGGAGUUGGAUGGCGAGACAACACCGUGUCCUCGCAGAGCUUCUAGAACAAGGAUCAAACUCUUCGCUGACGUUCCCCACAAAUUCACCUCAUUCGCUCACGGCUGGUAUGUCAUCGACAAGCACGCCCGUGGAGCUAGACACUGUUCGAGCCCUCGGGUUGAAUCCUAGCCACGCCUUGCAGCAUCCAGGCCAUUACUACUUCAUGGCCGCCCGAUGCACGGAAGCACGCAGGGAUAGGUUCUUGGCCAACGAGGGUAUCUCACAAGGGACAAGUGGGGCCCCAGGGUACGCAAACGAGAAGAAAGUUGACCAUCUGACGUUGAUUCUCGAGCUGUACACUAAAUCCUACGAGAUGUUCAAGAAGUAUAGCUCCACCACGAGUCAAGGACGCUUGACGCUCUGGAUCGCUUACCGCAUCGCGCAUACGUACUACGAGUCUGAAAAAUUCGAUGUCGCAAUACGAUUCUUCGAGCGGAUAGCAAAGACGUACCGAAGGGAAAAGUGGAAAAAUAUGCUCAGACCGCUUUUGUCGACGUGGUAUGCCUGCGCGCAGAAGCUCAGCGACGUGGAACUUAUGGUGACACUCCUCGUGGAGAUGAUUGGGUAUGCGCAAGAUGUUGAUGAGUCGAGAACUCUACAGGAGGACCUAUUGGCGGUACUUGAGAGUUCAGUUCCUGUAUCAACGGGGAACUCACUCGUUGUUGACCUCAAAGAGUCUGAUCCGUUAUUGGACACUAUGCUGGUGUUUUGGACGCCCGAAGUGCGCGUUGGCGAAGAGGCCGGAUUCCAACUGUCACUUGCUACGCCAACGAACAUAGAUCUCUCCGCUCUUCCGAUAGACUCCGUGAUCAUUACAUUCUCCAAUGGUUAUUAUCCUGUGAUACUCCGACAUUCGCCCCCCACGGAUGGCCAAGUGGCAGAUACGGUUGUCCGACUGGUGAAAAUCGGAAAGGUAGUGCCAGAAGACGAAGACGAAGAACCAGAGGAAAUUUGCGCUGACCUUCGGUGGAAGCCAGGUGAAAGACUCGUGGUCUCCGGGAGUAUAUCUUCUGAAGCUCCUGGACCGCUUACCGUCGUGAGCAUCACUGUGGUACUUGCACAAAACGGCUGGAACAUCGAAAUACCACAUGAGCCAUGCAUCUCUCAUGAGAUAUCUACACUCGUGCCGCGCUGGUUGACUUCACUUCAACCCAUCCAGUUCCUUCAACUUGGGAGAAGCGAUUGCUCUAGUGUUAUUGUUCGACAUCGCCCUCAUGAGCUCGCUGUCUCGUUAUCUCAUCAGGCACCGGCACUAGUCGAUGAAGAAUAUCCCAUCGUCAUCGAUAUCACAAAUGUUGAUGAAAGGCAUCUAGAUGUUGUUGUUGACGUCUUGUUGCAGCCGACGGAAGUGGAUCAAGGAGCUCAAUACAUCAUAUUCGACGACCAGCGUUCAUCCGGAUUGAUCAAAGGCAUCCGACUCGGCACCAUCGCCCCGGGCGUGUCAGCUACCAAGACUCUUUACCUCGUGGGCAGCGGUGCUCCCGGCGAUCGCAUGUUAGACAUCUCUAUUCAAUCCACUUCAAUACAGCCCGUGUCCAUGAGUAAAGGCGAUGACGAUGCAGAACCCCGCAACUCGAGCUCCUUGGGUGCACACGCGACGGUCGAUUCCUGCGAGAAGUUGCAAACCAUCGUUAUUCCGACGUCGGGAGCCCUGGCGGUCACGUAUGACGUGGCGUACAGCAGAAGCAAAAACGCUAUUCCUGCUUUGGCGGAUCUGUCCACUGUUGAAGACGACUUUUGGGAUGACUCAUAUGGCGGGGAGUGUUCGGCUCCUUGUGGCUUGGUGAUUGAGAGCUUGAAGUUGCAUCGCCAGGACAAUCCGCUUGCAAAGGUGCUCGACUGCUCGUCGGAUGAAAGUAGCGAUGACAUGUUUCCAGGUGAAUACCUGCCUGGCGACGAGCUCUAUAACGUAAGCAGAGUAUCACUCAACCCACGGGAGGAGCAGGUUUUGGGCGAAGAGAAAAUCACUGGUCCUGGCGAAUAUGAAGUUGUCUGGCGAAGGAUGCUUCCUGAAGGUGGUUGCGGAAGACAGUCGAUCACGCGGUUUGCACUUCCGACGCUCAUGAUUUCGCAGGAAGGGUUAAUCGCCCUUCUUGACAUCCCUAGCUUUGCAAAGCUCCAUGUGUCAACGCCCAUACACUUAACAGUCCGCAAUCGGCACUCCUCCCGCUCCGCCAAUGUCACGGUCAGUCUUGAUCUCGAUCCAUCUGAUGCGUUCAUCGUGGCUGGCUUGCGGAACGGCCGUCUUCCGAUCCUUUUACCGGGUUCUGAGGAGAAGCUCUCGUGGAAUUUGAUUCCGAUCGAAUGCGGUCAUGUCAAAGUUCCACGUAUCAAGGUUAUGGACGUGCGGGGCGUUGCUCUGCCUUCGCAAGGUGUUGGCGUGCCAAGUACGGAAAUUGAAGUGGAAGGAGAGGCGGUCAAGGUUGUUGAUGUGCGUGCCAACUGGAACACUGCAAGCGCACAGGGCGCAGGCGAUAGUGCGGUUGCAAUUCCUCAGCAAGAUGGUGCGAGUACAAUACUGGUACUACCAUAAUCAUGAUCAUGAUGGCGAUCCACCCAAACCACCUUUCGCGUCGGAAUAUAAAAGGCAAAGGUGGCUGUGCCGUCGUGAGAGGCGUCACGUCAUGUGACGCCAAAAACGCGCAAAGUCAGACUUAAG